CGGAGAGAGAGAGGAGAGAGAGGAGAGGGAGCACAUUCAGAAAGAGCAGAGCAGAGCAGAGCAGAAAGCCAAGCUUGGAAACCGGAAAGGAAAACCCUUUCUUUUCUCUCCCUUCUUCUCUUCUCUUCUUUUCUGGCGGGAGGAGUGCAUCAGUUGUCCUUGUUGGGGCUCACCACAAACAUGAGCAACUUUUCCGGCACCUGGAAGAUGAAGAGCAGCGAGAAUUUUGACGAACUUCUCAAAGCAUUGGGAGUGAACGCCAUGCUAAGGAAGGUGGCCAACGCGGCGGCCUCCAAGCCCCAUGUGGAGAUCACCCAGGACGGAGAGCAGUUCUACAUCAAGACCGCCACCUCCGUACGCACCACUGAGAUCAACUUCCACAUCGGACAGGAGUUUGACGAGGAGACUGUGGAUGGGAGGAAAGUUAAGAGUCUGGCCACCUGGGAGGCUGAAAACAAGAUCUACUGUGACCAGACCCUGGUGGAUGGAGACGGACCAAAAACGUUCUGGUCAAGAGAACUUAAAGGAGAUGAAUUGAUACUGAUAUUUGGUGCAGACGACGUGAUAUGCACAAGGAUUUACUUGAGGGAAUAGAAGCACUCUGUCAUCAUCAGUCAGCAUGGACUCCCAGUCUCAUCCAACCAAAUGGUCACCUUCUCCACACACUAUCAAUAUGCUAAUGUUAUACUCUGGUACACUAGAAUUACACACUGUAAAAAGUCAAACACUGAACCAACCAGUCUAACCAACAUUGAGGUAAUAAUUGUAUGUGUUUUCAUCACAAUGCUAUCUACAGUAAGAACUACUGGUAGCCAGGCCGUGCUCUCCUAGUGACGCAACACCUUCAGCGUUGCUUCUAGUCAGGCCAAAAAAAAUGGGAACUCCUCCCACUUUGUCUGGAAACAAACCACCAUUAGCAAACCAGGGGAGGUGGGUCAACCAUGCAGUUUGGGAAAAGUUAAUUGUUAUGUUCUUGGUCAGACCAAGUCUCGAAGAGAUUUGAAAGUCGAUGAUAAUCCGGCUACUGAUUUGGUGCCAUGUUUCCUUGACUGUACCAUGCAAGAUCCUUGCGAGGUCUAGGCAAAUCUCUGAUGGUAAUCCCCCAUCGUGGGAUGGGAUGGGAUGUCCCAUGUAAGUUGCAUGGCAGGGGAGAAAGUAAGUGGCUCCUACCAUACAGGAUGAGCAUAUUAGACAGUGCUGUUGAUCUGAACCUCAGCACUGCACGUUGCUCAAUACAUUUGGUUGGUUCUGUGCUAGAGUUUAUGCAGUGUGCUCACUCUAUGGAAAUAGCUGGUAUUUGUGGUGAAUGCAGCUGCAUCGUUUAAGUGUUUUACAAAAGGUUCUGCGUCUCAUACUUCUCCUCCUAACAACUGUUGUUCUGUUUGCCACUUCUAUCCAAAGUUGCCAAAAUCAUUGUUAUUGCAGUCAUAAUGAAAAAAAAAACAAUAAAAAUAUAUCAAAAUGUGUCAUCUGUGUGUCUUACUGUGUUUUAGUCCAUCAGUUCUAGGUAAAUGAAGACUGCCCUUCAAGGGCGUUUUGUGUCUACUAGUGUUGGUGGCCUGGCUCUGGUAUGGGGAGCAGAGCAGUGCACAGGACUGCACUGUUCCACUGUAAGUGUGCUCCACACACCAGUGAUCAGUCUAUUAACUUACACACACACACGAUAGGAAAUAAUAUUGGCCCAGAGCAACCAUCUAACACAUAUACUGUAUACUGUAUAUAUUAUGCACACACCCAGGGAAAAAAUAAAGCCAUAAGCAAAUCCAGCAAUCAGCGAAAAAGGAUUGAAAAGCAGUGAAGUUUAACAGGAACAUGAACCUCCCCU